GUUAAAGGGAGCCGUAAACAAGGUGUGCAAACUUCUGGAGAGCUGUCGGGAUGCUGCAGAGCGGGGCGGCUGCAGGCCGUGGCUGUGCUCUGUGCCCACUGCUGGGCGUCCUAUUCUUCCAGGGUGUUUACAUCGUCCUUUCCCUGGAGAUUAAAGCAGAUGCCCAUGUCUGGGGUUAUGUUGGAGAAAAUAUCAAGUUGAAAUGCACCUUCAAGUCAACCUCAUCUAUCACUGACAAACUCACCAUAGAUUGGACAUAUCGACCUCCAAGCAGCAGUCGCACAGAAUCAAUUUUUCAUUAUCAGUCUUUCCAGUACCCAACCACAGUGGGCACGUUUCGGGAUCGAAUUUCCUGGGUUGGAGAUGUAUACAAAGGGGAUGCGUCCAUAAGCAUAAUCAACCCUACCAUAAAGGACAAUGGGACAUUCAGCUGUGCUGUGAAGAAUCCCCCGGAUGUGUACCAUAAUAUUGCAGGGACAGAGCUAACAGUCACAGAAAGGGGUUUUGGCACGAUGCUCUCCUCCGUGGCCCUUCUUUCCAUUCUUGUCUUCAUUCCCUCAGCUGUGGUGGGUGUGCUGCUGCUGGUGAGAAUGGGGAGGAAGUCUGCGGGCCUGAAGAAGAGGAGCAAGCCUGGCUCUAAGAAGUCAUCUAUUGAGGUUUCAGCUGACACUGACCAGGAGAAGGAUGACUGCAUGGCAAAGCUUUGUGUCUGUUGUGCUGAGUGCCUGGAUUCGGACUAUGAAGAGACAUGUUGAUGAAAGUCUGCAUGAUAGAAGAAGAGUCACCUAAUAACAGAAAAUAUCCCAUUCCACUGGCAGCUAAAGCCUCCCAGAGAAGUGGAGCUGGCUUGGACAGUAGUGAUGGAGAAUUCUGGAAGCCAUCAGUGAAGACUUUAGGAGCCAUUUAUUUAUUGAAGAAAUGUUCUUUUUGUAUUUAUAAACUUCAAAAACUCUCAGAAGAAACUCAUAACUACCCCUUUUAA